AUGGGUGAUGUCAAAGACGCAGACGAUGAUCCGUCAAAGAUUGCAGACCAGAGCAAGGUCGUGGCGCUCUAUGACUUCGAACCUUCCAAGAUCGAUUGGCCUUUCAACCGGCAGAAGCCUUUGGCGCUGAGCACCGGCCAGGUGGUCGAGAUCGUUCAUGACGAUGGCUCGGAGUGGGCCCUGGGACAUCUGGCAGGAGUGCCAGAGACCUUGGGCUACUUCCCCAAGAACUACACCGUUUCAGUGGGCGAGUACCAGGAGAUGAUGCGCGACUUCGAGAAUCAGGAACAGCAAGAUGGAGAUGAGGAUGAGGCUGAUCAGGUGCAAGGGCCUCCCGAGACGCGCGCCAUCCCCGCUGGGCCUUUGCCUGCUCCUCUGGUGGAGCAACAGACGCAGGUCUACUAUGAUGAGGUGAAAGAGAAGGAAAAGGAGACAAAGAAGAAGGACGAGCCCAAAGAACUGCCCGAGCUCGUCUACCCGGGGAUCUCCGAAUAUCCUGCCAUUGAAGCUAGACCCCCGCAGCCCACGGCCUUUGAGGUGACCAAGAGCCGCAUGCUGCGGGAGAUGCCUCCGGUGCCACUGCCGGCACCUGAGGAGCCGGCGCCCCCCGAGGACGACAUCAUGGCGGCGCGCUGGGAAGUGGAGGCGGAACUGAAGGCGCAGGAGGAUAUCAUGGAUAUCAAAGGUGGCGUGAUCACCUACUCCCGCAGCUCCACCCCGGCCACCAUGGCGGCGUCCCGCCCGGAACGGGACUUCGUGCGGAAGAAGGCGCGCAGGAACGUCCAGCAGGAUCACUUGAGGCCCGUGAAUCAGCUCAUGGGGCUGGUGAACACCCAUGUCCGCACUGCUUGGGAGAUCAAACAGCAGCCCUACAAGACGGAUCUGCGGGCGCGAAGCACCACCCUUCGGGUGGCCGCUGGAAUUGAGCCCGCGCACAUGCGCUUUGCGCUGCAGAGGGCCAAUGAGACAGGAGCCAAGUGGAAACAGAUGUUCAGGCCGGGCUUCAACGAUACGGUGAACGAAGCCUUUCUAGUUGGUUGCAAUUCAUGCAUCCUGAGCCAUCUUUAUCUGAAGGAUAAAGAGGCCAAGGAGCAGUUUCAGAAGCUGCACGUCAAGGAUGUGAAUGGCGUUGUGUGGUUUGAGCUGCAGCGCAAAAAGGCCCAUCUCUUUUACAUGCGCAUGGACUAUACAGACGUGAUGAUGGCACACCCAGAUGCCUGGGGCUUCCCAGAUACCAGUCGCGUCGUGGCCGCCAACCCUGGAGAACCUGUGAAUCCCUUUCACGGUUGGUAUGCUCAGCAUUCCAUCGAUCCGGAGGCGGAGCUGGAAGAUGUGGAGUUUCGCUAUACCUUGCGGCUUCGCAGCUUUCCCGAGACCACCUUUCAAGCCUUAGCGCUGGGGAAGAUCCCAGAGUGGAUCAAGCCCUACCUUUCCUUGCACGCGGAGGCUGAGGCCCCGGACGACCUGACAGUGGAAGAGGACGAGGAGGCCAUGCCGACAGAGACGGGGAAGGCCAUUGAGCUGGAGAACAACCUGAUGAUGGAGGCGGGGCUCGAAGAUGGCGAUAAUCUCUACGUCAAGUUGGACGAGUUGAAAUUGGCGCGUGAACGAACCACCGGCCCCGACGUCUUAGACGCGGACCUGAGGGCUUACAGACUUCAAGGACUCUCCGCCAUGCGCAUUUUUUUGCGAAGUCGCGGAAACCCGGACAGCCGAAAGGAGGUGAUCAUCAGCCCAAAGAUGGUGAAGGAUAUGGCUGCCCAGUUGGGCAUUCAAAAGCGACCAGCACACUACUGGUACUGCAUGUUCGCUCUGCGCUAUCCCUUAGCACCGGAGUGGGAGGCGGUGGUUCGAGAGGAUACCCGAUGGUAUCUCAACCUCCAGCAGGACACGGCGCAACCGGUCCACCCGAUGGUGAAAAAGUUCCGAGAACAUCUGAGUGAUGUCAUUGCCAACGAGUUUCUGUGGGAUUUCCGCGGCUUUGUCAAGAUGAAGUGUAGUGAGUGCGGAUUACCUGACUCGGUGGUCUGGUGCCAGCAAUGCACCGAUUACUUCUGUGCUCCUUGCUUCCUACAGAGCCAUAAAUCCCGACGUGGCAGAAAACACUGGCCUUUGCCAGUUCCAGGAUGCCGCUACCUCACUGUGCCCGAAACCCGCAGGUUUGGAGAUCAGCUUCCCUUCUUGAACGUUGGUUUCUCCAACAGAAGGCGAUUCCUGGCACGAGACAACCAGUCUGACAAGAACGGCGAUCGCAGUGGUGACACCUGGCUUUGGUUUCACACCGACACCUUCCAGGCAGCCCUGAUGCAAACCCCUGAGAAUCACUGGUGCUUGAAACGCCGGGAACCUCCGCGACUGCCGCCUGGAGUGGAUGGCUAUUACUACAACUUCGCCACUGACACCGUGGCGGACGAUGUGUCCUAUAUCCUGACCUCCCAGCAAGAAGCCAAUGCGGUGGCGCUGAUGCAGCGACACAUCCGCGGCGCGCUGACGCGGCGCGCCAUUAAGAAACAGACCACGGCGGCGUUGAUCUUCCAAAAGACCAAGAUGAUGUGGGACGUGCAGCGCAUCCACGGCAGCAGUGGCAAGAACGCCUCCAUCAUCAAAGCCUGGUUCCGCAAGCAUGUCGCCAGAGAGGCGAAAGAUCGGGUGCAGCAAAGCGCAGCACGCUUUCAGGCCAUUUGGCGCGGAAUCUUAACCCGGCGCCGCACCAGGGACCUCCUGGCCAGCACCACUCGUUUUCAGGCUGCCUGGAGAGCUUUCGCGGGUCGGCGCAAGGUGCGGCGACGACAGGCAGCCGCUGUGACCAUUCAAAAGGUGAUCCGUGGCUUUCUCCAUGGCCGUCGCCUGAUCCGCCAGCGGCACAAGGCCGCGGCCCGGAUCCAGGCCUUGGUCCGUGGCAUCUUCACGCGGCAGCGGCAUCGGAGGCGCCUAGAGGCCGCCAUCCGGAUCCAGGCGCGCAUCCGUGGCUUGUGGGGCCGGCAAAAGGUGGCGCAGAUCCAGAGAGCCGCAGGGAAACUCCAGCGGAACUGGCGUCGCUUCCAGGCCCAGUUGCAUGUGAAGCAGAUGGUCUAUGAACGCAUCGAGAUGUUGCGCUUGAAACGUUUGGACGUUCUCCGGGCCAAAUUGCAGGAGGCCGCCAUCGUUGUCCUACAAAGGAACUGGCGGCGUCAUGUGGAUGCCCAGAAUGCCAUCGACGAGCGAAAGGAGAAAGGUGAUGCUGACAAGCGCACCACCACCAUGUUGGUGGCCUUGCUGGAAGGCGCUUCAGCCUUGCGGCACUUCAUCCACCCCUGGUGGCGGCAUCUUCCACCGCAAGUCCAGGCCAUCCUGAAGGAAUUGAGGGGGCCUUUGCAGAGAAGCAUUGCCCUGCUGCCAGUGACCGGGAAGUUAGGUUCCGAAGAGCUGGGCCGGCGGGGCCUCAACGUGGCCAGCAUGGAACAUCUGCAGGGGGUUCAGGCAUCGAAGGAUCCUGAUCUUGCAAGCCACUUGCUGCUGCAGGUCAGCAGGCACCUGCUGUCGCAUGUGCCGGCAGAACUCUUCCCAGAGACCAUCAAGUGGGCUUGCUACGCCAUAGGGCAUCAGGCCAUCAAGUUGCACCAGACAGAUGGCUACUACCCACAGGAGAUCAUUCCAGUGGGAAAAGAUAUGCCCCCUCAUCCGCAUGACAAGCUUCAUUGCCUCUUCAAGGAGAUGGACAUUUACAAAACCCGCACCGAUUCCAUGAUGACCUUCCCCGAAGAGUCCAUGCCUAUGCUGACCUUAACCGGGAUGCCCUCGCACCAUCGCCACGUCUUCCUGACCGCUGAAGUGCUGGUGACCAUGAGGCAAGCCUUGGAUUCCCCGGCCAUCUCCACGGACGAUCACCUGAAGUUUCAAGGAUUGGAUGCCUCUGCUGGUGCUCAACUCAUGGAGGUGUUGGGUGCGGAGAUUGAACAUCGCCUGCCCUUGGAUUGGCCCAACCAACAUGGCACAGUGGCAGCGCUGGCGCAACAACUGGGCUCACAUGUCAUGGAAGUCAAGAAGGAGCCUCUGAGUGAGAAUAAGGAGGAGAAGAAGACGUAUGCGAAGGGUGAAGAGAAACCCAACUCCCUCUCCAUCUUCAAUCGAGCGGCAGUGAUGCGCGUCAUUCAGCAGGUUGGAUACCUCAUGCGGGAUCAGUACAAGAUCAUGGAUUCCGUGCUGGGCUUGCAGGAUGAAGAGAGCACCAAGAAGGGCGAAGGCGUACGCCAGGGCCGCUUCGUGCUGAUGACGGAUCGACUCUUUGACAUGGCGGACCGGGCGCCCCACGACCAUUGUUCUUUCGUUCUGGCCGUGGUGCUGUUCCACAUGAUCAUUCGUGCCUUGGUGCUGCGGCUCCUGUAUCAUCGGGCGGCCAUUAGCCUGCAGAAGAGGUACAGAUACCUGAAAAAGAAGAAGAAGUCGCGCAACGCGGUGGCACCGGCCAUUUGUAUCCAGCGCUUCUGGCGUGGUCUGCGCACAGGGCUGCAGAUCACCCGCAUGGAGCUGGCGGUGGAGAAGAUCCAGCAUAGCUACAGGGCAUAUCGCUGGAAUAGCCGCAACGCCAAAUUCCUGAAGGCCACUUUGCACCUGCAGCGUGUUUGGCAAGGGGCCCUGACGCGACAAUGGAUUCGACGCUUGAACGAAUCGGCCAUUGACAUCCAGAGGUAUGCCCGUGGCCUCUUGGUGCGGGUGUCCCUGGACCGCUUCGGCCGGGAACUGCUUCGCAAGAGCCAGACAGAUCUCACGCAGCUCAUGAAACGACGCGAGGAGCUGGGGGAAGAUGAGUAUCUCGCCCAAGCUUCAGCCAUCGCGGAGAAGGCUAAAAUCAGCUUGAGCAAGCAUCGGGACCGGAACGUGGACCUGCGGCGCAACGGCGCGUCGACUUUGAAGUCCAAGCAGGCUCGCAUCCUGGACAAGCGGAAGAAGAUCAAGAUGAAGGGCUCCCUGCUGCCGGUCAGGAUCUCCAUCUUCGAGACCUUCUGUGCAGUUGCACGACGCACCGCUCAGAGUCAGCAGAACGCUAGGUUCGGCUGCAUCCACUCCGGUGUCUUGACGGAGGUGCGAAAGUGCCACCGCAGACUCAACAGGACCAUGCCCAAUGAUGAUUACGCCAAAGAUCCCAAGAUGCGCACGGCCAUGCACGCUGCGGCCAAGCGGGGUCACGCGGCGAUGUUUGUGCAGCGCAACACCAAGAACUGUGAGGUGACAGCAUCGAAGCGAUGCCUUUUGGCAGACGACGAAUUCGAGAAUUGGAUGAAACAGCAAUUUCAGGUCGCGUAG